AUGAACGUAGAACAAAUCCGCCUCUUAGGCGACAUCUUAGUCGAGGAAUCAUAUAAAGCGCAGUGUUCAGAAAUAACUGACGAACGAUUAAUUAUUACGAUAUUGGAGCGAGUCGCGGAUCUUCUGAGGACAUUGCCGAACGCGACACAGACCAAGAUUAGGGACAGAUUUGGGUUGAUAUGGAACCCUGAAAAGUCGCCACGCUUUGUCGAGUUGUCGAUUUCGUCUCCACGAGCAUCUUCAACAGAUGUCUUGGAUACCACAACAAGUAUCGGCUCUGUCUUUGAUCUCGAAACAAGCCCUAUGUUCCUAGAAAAUCUCCAAGUCUGGGCUAAGAAACCUCAAGUGUUUUGGGACCAGGAGAAGGUCACUUUGGGGCAGGACCUAGGCGGCUACAUUGCUAUAUUAGAGCACGCACAAGCUGCAAACCAAGUCAGGCUACGGUUCACGAAAAGGGAAUUUUUUCGCUGCCGAUGGACAUGGGGCAAGAAAGAAAAGGAGAUGUUUCUUCAGAGCGUAAGGAAAGAUGCUUCCAUCACUGAUGAGCAGUGUAGGCAGUGGCUUCUCGAAGGAAGUAUUUACGAGGACUUAACCAAAAUAUUCGGGGACGCAGCACUCUUCCCACUAAAGAUGAUCAUUAAUAAGAACACGGGCAAAGAGGCAUUUAGCAACAUCAUAUCACGCCUCGAUGUGGAAUCUGUCAAGGAAGCUAUUGCGAAAUACGCGGAGGCGGCGAAGGAAAUCACUGCCUACAUACGCAAACAAUUGGCAACAAGCAACAUCUGCAAGCCUGGAGCUUUUCUCCUCCAGACCGACCAUAGGGUUCCCCACGAACACUCGGAACCGGCGCGUAAGAAACGCAAAACACGCCCUCCGGCAUCCCGAUCACCGAAUGCCGUCGAACCCGAGCCAGCUAGAGUCACCUCGCCUCCGACGGCACCAGACAAUGCCGGACCCGGAUCACAGCCUUCGCAGAACAUGAAUCAACCACAGGACCGCGAAUCCCAGCAAGAUCCGACAAACGUAGGGCCAUCCCUUCACCGGACUGUACCAGCUUCAGGCACAACAGUCACGCAAAUUCACGCCAUAGGGAUCCCACGGUCACAAUCAACAUCGACGGGGUCUCCCCCAGCCGUCUCUGGUACCGGAAGAGGGGAAGUCGCGCCUAUCUCUAUGGCGCACAGUCCUAGGGGAUUACAAAUCGGUAUAUUAGCUAAUUUCAGACCUGCCUUGCGAACCUGCCCAGAGUACCCAGAGUCCCAGGAUCGUGUCCCUUCCAGCCAUGCUUCAGGGCGCCUAUACUCUCUACAAGCGCCACAGAGCCAACACGCUCCCAUGGAGCCAAGCGAUGAAGUGAACGCGUCAAGGAAUGAUUAUGUCCAAGAACCACAGGAGGGUAUUCCGGAAUCAUUUGGUUCACCGCACAGCACAUCAAUGCAACCGCAACUACAACUACAUCAACUUCCUCAAUACAAAGGACAGAGUCGUAGUGAAACUGCAGCGCAAAGGGGACAUAAAGUACUAAUUAAUCUCGAUAAGAACUCCCCGAAUGGACACCAAACGAGUGUCUUGGUCUCUGCCGAUCCUCCCCUAGAGACUCCACUGGUAGAUGCAAAUUCCCAGACUGCAGGUCUAUCGCAGGUGGAUAGUCAAGCACAUGCACGAUACCUUGGAUCUAUUGAACAAUCGCAAGCCAAAUCUUCCACCGCUACGCCAGACUAUAGAGCUGACGCAGAAGAGAGCUCAGAACAGCCUGAUUCUUCGGGACAACCGAACGACACACGGGGGACACAGUUCGGUCUUCCUAGUUUCCUACAACCCGACUACGGAGAGCACGAACAUCUUUCGUCGCACAUUCACGAGGAGUAUUGCCAACAAGCCAGGCCGCCUUAUUCGGCAUUCGCGAUAACCAAUGAGGAUGAUUGGAACAUGUACGAAACUUUAUCCUUCCCUGAGGCGGAUGAUUUUAAUUUUAAUUUUGGUUUUUGA